CACUCGCCGAGAAGGGGGCGGCGGGGUGAUGCGCUUGUGUCUGCUCCUGGCCCAGGUAAGAAGAGCUAGUGGAGCGCUUAAACUCGUUCCUCAGAGCCCAUUCCUGCCUUCGAGGGUGGGAGUAAGGGCCAGGGCACACUCAGGCGUGGAAGCAUUGCAUGCAAGGGGGUGCAGAGGGAACCCUAACUGCUGGGCUGUCGGUAAAAGGCCUUUGGAACACCCGGCGCUCCCCCUUUCUGUGGUUCUGGGGUGCAUCGAGCGGCGAAGGAGACAGCCCGGGGAACUAAACGGCCCUUUUAAAGUUAGCUUUGCUUCCUGCUAGGGCUUCUUCUAGCACUAACUUUGGUAUGCAUUUAAUCUGUAAAAGUAGCGCUAUCGCCUUACGCUGGAGUAGCACUUUACAGUUUGAGUUUGGAUGAUCUUUUCAUUCCAUCGUGCUACCUAUUCACAUCAAGUGCUUGCACCCUUGGCCAGCGGUAUGCCAAUCUGCUGAUAAUUACUUCGGUAUUCGCCGAAUUCCUAAAUCGCAAGGCUCGGUGAGCAGAGUAGUCUGUAGGGAUUAGUUAGGGAAUGCUUCCCAAAGGGGGUUUUGAGCUGGAAUUUGAAGGUGAUCGGCGGCCAUGGGAACAUUUUCAUCAAGCGUUUCAUAAAUUGAAGAGCCGAAAGGAGCUUAGAUAAUCUAGUUCAAUUCUCUGAGAAGUCUGAGAGGAGAAGACUGAGGCUCAGAAAGGUUAUGACUUCUCCAAGGUCUGCUUUUACGACAAAGCCUUUUUAAAGAGUAACUUUUAGGCACUGUAUACAAAGCAGGACACUGGCUGGGCCCUGAGAACACAUAAAAAUAGAAUUGAAAAGGCCAAAACACAGAAAAGGAGAAAAGCAAAAGUAUAUCAGCUUCAAAAAUAAUGAGGCAUCAUUGAUUGUAAGGCUACUAAGGAGAGUGCUAAAUCGGGGAGGGAUUUGAGUGAAGUAAGGUAGAGUAAGGGAAGCUUCCUGAAGCCGGUGGAUAGAAUGGCUUUAUUGUCUAGGGUUGAUAAGCAAAGUGCUGUAAGUUUCUGUAACUGAGAAUUACAUCAAGAAAAUCUACAUUAUAAAAUAUAUUUUUAAUAUUUUAAAGUGUUAUUUGACACUUAAGAACUGUUACAAGAAUGGGCACUAGUUUUAGAAACAAUUAUAUAAUAAGAAUAGAAAGGUAAUUGCCACAAUUUAAGGAAUAUGUGCUUCCCUAUGUGCUCUGCGGGACACAACAUAGCAAAUUUAAGUGACUUGCUUGAACUAAAGGGUUAAGAUGACUCAAAAUACAUAGAGCUUUUCGUCUAGCAGUAUAGUGGUGGUAGUGGUUCCUUGCCCAGUGGUUGAACCUUCUCAUGGCAUUUCUGUUAUAAAUCCAGUUUGGGUUUGUGGGUGUUGAGGUUAAGGAGAGAAAAACACUUGUGAUAUUGCGUAAUCUUAAAAUUCAGUGUAUAGUCCUGAUCUUUGUAGCAAGUCUUUAAUUUUUUUUUCAUAGGAAAAAAUGAAUAGGGAUUGUAGGUGCACUGAUAAAGACAAUUAAAUAGUCAUUUAUCUCUAGUACUGGGAAACCUUGAGUACUUGGGGACUGGAAUUCCAGGCUUUUGCCUUUCUCUUUUGUUAACUGAUUUGUGAAUCUUUUGCAUACUUAUGUCUAAACUCCAUGUUAUAUAUUUGACCUGUCAUACUGCACUUUUAGUGAACCAUGUCUCUUAAAUAGAAUCAAGGAAUUCUGAGAGCAUGCACUGAAUGCAGUCAGUUCCACUAGUCCGGCUGUUGAUGGACAAAGUGUAGGAACUGUUUCCAGUGUGUCUGUGACACAUUAUGUUUUAAAUAUUUAUUGUUGGCAUAUUUGCUUUUAAUGGAUUGAAUAAAACAUUUGUCGUCAUAACCAUUUAAAAAAUAUUGGGACAGAUUUUUGAAACAGUAUUUCCUUUCACACUUGCUCUAGUGAUAUCACAGCUUUUUAGAAAGUUGGUAACUAAAAGGUUGUAACCAAAACUUGGUAGUGUGCACCUACUUUUAGUAUCUCUUUCUUCUGCAUAGGAAAGAGUAGUGUCAACUUUAUUACCUUUGCUCAUGAAAGGGAAAAAUGCUACCGAUAAUAAAAUAAUGGAUAGUGUAAAUACAACCACAGUUAAAUUUGUGAUACCAGCUACCAUGUGACUUUUCUUUGGUAAGUGAUUUAUCUCCCUGAUUGUUUCUCUAGAGUUGGGAAAGUUCUUAAUCAAUAAUCAUAGUGAUGUCCUUUAAUAACCUUGGAGCAGUUUUUGAGCCAUAAAACUUCCUAAUUAUUAUUCAAAGGCAAAUAGAAUAUUAAAAUUAAGUUUGCAUUUCGAGAAUGUACCAAUAGAUGCUGGGGGAAGGAAGUCCAUACACCCUCCACCUCUUACCUCUUGAAUGGCUAGGGCAAACUAGACCAGGCCAAAAAAAAGUUGUAAAUGGUUCAUAGUGAAUAAUUGUUGAUUGGGUCUUAAUUUUAUCUCCAUCUUAGUAUUUUUCUGUAUAUAGUAAAAAGUUCUCUUAAUCCUAUUGUUUUGUUGCAAGUAGCAUAAUAAUUUCACUUUGUUGUCUUUUUUUUUUCCUCUGCCAGCAUUGGCAAAAGGGCACAUCUACUGUGAAGCCAUAAAAUUUUUUAUUGUUUUUAUCAUAAUAGUUAAGCAAGAGAAAAAAAUGUUAAGCAAAGAAUUUUCAUUCAAAAGCUUUAGCAAGAGCGUUGAAGCCCUAAAAUGUUAAAUUAUUAGAUGUUAUUCCCAUUCGUCUAUCAGGGGAAGUAAUAAACCCUGUGGAUGAAUCAGAAAGGACUGGCAACUUUGUUGCCAUCCCAGAGUAAAUCAAAUGGAGGAGAAACUGCGACUUUUGAUAACAUCAUAAGACUAACUCUGAUAUGCAGGGUGUUCCCUGAGUCUUUAUUUACUUUGAAACAUGAAGGUGUGACUAAACUUUUUGAGAGCUUUAGGUAUGAGUCACCUUAUUUUUUUGGCAAAUGUUAGUGUUUAUAUUUCAGGAAUGUGUUUUGGAAACUAUUUUAAUUAUUUGUUAGAGGUAACAGGUGGUUUUAGUGAGGUUUUUAUUUUAAUUUAAUUUAAAACCAGCGAGGAGUAUGGGUAUAAGCAAGGCAGAUGAUCUUCAUAGAUAGAGCAAACACAGUGGAUCCAGAUGACCUGUAGGGCCUUUGGGAAAAUGAAUUGACAUGUUUAUAAACUCAAAUUAUUUUGAUAGGAGCUUUUAUGGGUGGUGCUUAAGCCUGUACCAGCAGUAUGUUAGUAUUUCUUUUAUUUUUCUUUUUCUCUUUAGAUCAUACUCUUUUUUUUACAUUAGUAUUUCUUGCUAAUAAUAUUUAGAGAAAAUACGAGUUCAGUGGUUAAACACAUUUGGCAAACAUUUGUUUAAACACUAAAAAUCAACUGUAAGACUUAAUUGAGCCUUUAAUAUGCUGGUGUCCACAGGGAUUCCUAAGAGGGUGAUUUCUCAAACUUAUGUGACUGGGGCACUUUUUGAAAAAGGCUGAUUAACCUUUCUUAGGUUUCCACAUUUGAGGAAAUGCCAUGCUCAUCCCAUAGUAAGUUAUAAAUCCUGUUUAUUAUGGACUAGAUGAAGCCAGUCCUUAGUGUUGAAUAUGAGCCACUUUAAUGAUUUGACAUGGGAAGAACAGAACUAUAGGGAAGCUGACUUGAGGAUCAGAAACGUGCAGUUUGGAGCUGAAUUUCGUCGAUUUUCACUGGAGAGAUCAAAACCUGGAAAAUUUGAGGAGUUUUAUGGAUUACUGCAGCACGUUCACAAGAUACCCAAUGUUGACGUUUUAGUGGGCUAUGCAGACAUCCACGGAGACUUGCUACCCAUAAAUAACGACGAUAAUUACCACAAAGCUGUGUCAACGGCCAAUCCGCUGCUUAGGAUUUUUAUACAAAAGAAGGAAGAAGCAGACUAUAGUGCCUUUGGUACAGACACGCUAAUAAAAAAGAAGAAUGUUUUAACCAACGUCUUGCGUCCUGACAACCAUAGGAAAAAGCCACAUAUAGUCAUUAGUAUGCCCCAAGACUUUAGACCUGUGUCUUCUAUCAUAGAUGUGGACAUUCUCCCAGAAACGCAUCGUAGGGUUCGUCUUUACAAAUAUGGCACUGAGAAACCCCUGGGAUUCUACAUCCGGGAUGGCUCCAGUGUCAGGGUGACACCACAUGGCUUAGAGAAGGUCCCAGGGAUCUUUAUAUCGAGGCUUGUCCCCGGAGGUCUGGCUCAAAGCACAGGACUACUAGCUGUUAAUGAUGAAGUUUUAGAAGUUAAUGGCAUAGAAGUUUCAGGGAAGAGUCUUGAUCAAGUAACAGACAUGAUGAUUGCCAACAGCCGCAACCUCAUCAUAACGGUGAGACCAGCAAACCAGAGGAAUAACGUUGUUAGGAACAGUCGGACUUCCGGCAGCUCCGGCCAGUCUACCGAUAAUAGCCUUCUUGGCUAUCCACAGCAGAUCGAACCAAGCUUCGAGCCAGAGGAUGAAGACAGUGAUGAAGAUGACAUUAUCAUUGAAGGCAGUGGAGUGCCACAGCAGAUCCCAAAAGCUGUUGCUAAUACCGAGAGCCUGGAAUCCUUAACACAGAUAGAACUCAGUUUCGAGUCUGGACAGAAUGGUUUUAUUCCCUCUAAUGAAGUGAGCGUAGCGCCCGUAGCAAGUGGCACAAACACAGAAUUUGAAACACAUGCUCCAGAUCAAAAACUCUUAGAAGAAGAUGGAACAAUCAUAACAUUAUGAAACCACUGUUUGAAUGUUUUCUGAGUCCUCACUCAGAUGCCAUGGGGACUUGUACAUUUGGCUAGUUUAAAGCAUAUAUACCUCUGAACCAAUGAUGUGGAAUGGGCAUGAGAAAAAUAAUAUUGCAAGCUUAGAAUGUUGUUAAAAUAGUAGUUUGAUAAUUGUUAAUAUAAACUUUGGCGGAUCAGAGGUGAAUUUAACUCUAAAAACAAAGGGGCCUUUGCUGAUGAAAUUAUGUGCUUUUGUUAUUUUGUCUGUGGAGAACUGGAUGUUAAAGCACAUUCUCAGAACUAUGUGAGAGGACUAGAUCAUUUCUGCUUGAAGUGGUUGCAUAUUUAACCUGCUAUGCAGAGCCCAGUUAAUUUUUCAUUUAAUAUAUUUUAAAAAUUCUAAUGUGAAGAAGUCUGAUUCUAUAUCUUUUGGUACAUUGGGGGCCUCAGCUGUUAUGUUCCCAGUAUUUUAUUUUAAUUUUUUUAGUGUUCCUCUGUUACUAAUUGUAACAAAUUAUUUUAUAAAUGUAUUUUUUUCUAUUUCUAAGGAAUCAAACCACUUGGCUGUUUUCAGGAGUUCCUUCCCAUGUUAUAUAAAGUGUUGAAGCUAUGUUUCUAAAUUUUGAAACUCUGUAACGUUUGUUCAAGUUGGUGUUUGUCCAUCCUAUGGCUUUCAUAUUUACAAACUAAUCAUUCCAUAUGGGUAUAAUUUAUGUUUUAAAGGCCAUUCCAGUGACUCUGGAAAUACGGGAGACUCUUUUAACCUAUUCCCUGUCCUCAUUCCCGAUCUCAUUGGCAACCAUUCCUUUCGUUGUUAAUGUGUAUGUUUUGUUGGUGUGCUUUUAUACUUUUUACGUAUUCAAGUAUGAAUCAUUUUGGAUUAAAAAUGCACCCAUAUUAAGAGAUUUUUACACACAGGACAAACUUGUGCACUUUUUAUAUUAAUACAAAAAAAUUGGAUUUUCCUUUGAUGGGAUCUGUAGAAACACUGCCUACACUUUAUGAGAAAUAUGUAGUAUUCUCCUAUGACAGGUAAAUCUUAUCACUGUUAAUUGUAUGAGGCUAUUUAUUACUUUCCAGUGCAUCCACUUAGAACAUGUCAAGAGUAAGGCUGCUAACUUUCAUUCCUUGCCUGAUUUCAUUGUACAAUGUGCACAAGCACAAUGGUAUGCUUGUAUAUAGAAACUAAGAAUAUUAUGAAGUCCAUAAGUUCCCUAUGGCUUAUGAAGAGUUAUUUAUUAAUUUUAUGGUAGGACUAGUAUGAAUACCUUUUUAACAAUUGUGUGCUGUUAAAACAAUGAAGAUUCAAAUGACUCCGUUUUGAAGGAUGUUUUCUCUAUAUGGUAAAAUAUAUGAAGAAGUCUUGAUUCAAUGAAGAUCACUUGACUCAGAAUACUUAAUGUAUUCUGCUCACAUUACCAUUAAGCAUAUUAUCAGUAAACUAUUAACUGCACAUUAUAUAAUACAAUGUUCUUUUUGUUGAAUUCACCGUUCUUCCAUUUAUAUACCACUUUUUUUUGUUAAUACCAUUCCAGCUUUAACAUUCUGUGAGUCUUAUAAAUUUGACUCUUGAAUGGCAAAAUAAUGUUAGUAUGUAGAAGGUUAAAUUUCAUUUAUAAUAUAAGUGGUGCAGGGGUUCAACAUUUUAAGUAAAAAUAUUUUUACACACUACCUCUCUCUCUCUCUCUUUUUUUUUUUUAACAAAGUUUUAACAUCAGAACUUUUCUCUUGGGGGAAAAAUACUUCAGGGCUUGACUUUUUGUACAAAUUUUAACUAUAAAAUACAGAUUUAUCUUGUAUGCAUUCAUGAAAACGGAAAUCAAAGCUGCUAGUGCUUUUUGUUUUAAUUAUCCUGUUAAGGGUAUAUGUCAAUGGUGUUUUCAACUAGAUCUCUGUCAUUUAAAUUACUGGUGAAAUAAUUGAUUACUAGACAUAUUGUAAAACCAAUAUUGGCUAUACAAUAACAUAUCAAUUCAUUGGUAGUCAGAAUCAAUUAUUUCAAGUGUACCAUAUUAACAAAAAUCAGUGGAUCCAGUGUAAAAUUUUAUAGUACUAAAUGUCAAGCCUAACUGUGAAUUUUGUUCUGUAUCUUAAGUAAAUUUAUGAUAAUGUUCUUGAGCUAUCAACAAAAUAUAUGUACUUUUGUGAACUAUGAAUUUUCUAAUUAAAUUUUACAUGCUAUAACAUGAUUUUUACAUGAAUGAUACUUUGUUUAAACUAUCAAAUGUCAGUAUUUUACUACAAUUUUAUUAUAAAAUGUACAUUAUCACUAAAUGAACUUUGAUUUUAAAAAUCAAAUUAGCUUUAGUUGUAUAUUAUUUUUUACAAAUAAAGAUAGACUUGUAUUAAGGCUA